AUAUAUAUGUUCGUUGUCAUAGAUGAUCAUAACUUGUUAAUAUCAUAACCAACAAGUCGAUAUAGUAAGUGAGGAGGAGGAGGCUCAAAUCAGAGGCAAAGAUACUAAGGAAUUUGAAGCAAAAAGCUGUAAAACCUUAGUAUGGACGAUGAAUUUCCACCUGGGAUUUGCGGUCGGAAGUUGUGGGAUACAACCAAGAUCACGUUCCCGCCGGCGGCCGCCACUCCCUCGCCGUGUUCCGUCAGUGACUCCACCUUCUUGAUUGAUCCAACCGUUCGAACGCCUUCCAAUUGGAACCAAAAUUUUCUUGGAGAUGAUGGGCAAAGAGUUGACACCACUUUGAUGGUGGAUUAUGAUCACCAAGAAACUAAUGCAUCCGAGGAGCCACAAAAUCCUUCCAUUUUCAACGCCGAUCAUGAUUCUAUGUUCUUAAUGGGCCAAACGCAUUCCAACUUUUACGAUAAUAUUGUGACAACUACAAGCCAAGGGUUACCGAUGGCUUACCCUUUUGGGAUGAUCUCCAAUGGGUACACUCCAACGUUGUUGCCAAGUUCAUUGGAUCAACCAAAACAGUUUCUUGUCAACAACCGGACCAUUAGUAAUUCUUGUCGGCCUAUGUUUGAAACCCUGAAUUUCACAACAAAGCUGAUUAGUUGCGAGGAAGUUGUUCGAGAUUCGAGUCGGGUUGAGACGAAAAACAAAAGUAACGAAAUUACGACAAUCAAAAGGGCAAGGAAUGACAUGCCAUCCUCAUUACCCACUUUUAAGGUUCGAAAAGAGAAGCUUGGCGACAAGAUCACAGCGCUCCAACAGCUUGUUUCUCCUUUUGGAAAGACCGAUACUGCAUCAGUUCUACAUGAAGCAAUUGAGUACAUCAAGUUUCUUCACGAUCAAGUUCGUGUUUUGAGUACUCCAUAUAUGGAAAUGGGCGAGCAGGAGCAUGAUGGCGUGCAGCUUGUUAAGGAAGAAUUGGAAGAGAAUAAGAAACAAGAUCUAACAAGUAGAGGACUUUGUCUGGUGCCAAUUCCAAGUUCAGUUGCAUUAGCAAAUGGUAACACACUUGAUUUCUGGUCGCCCACUUUUGGAGGAACCUUUAGGUAAUGUAAUGGACCUCAGAUUUGAGAUGAAAAUGGUGGCACCCAAAUUGGUGAUGCUGGGAGAGGUUGCCAAACGUUUACAAAUAAGCAUCAUUGCCCAAUAUUUAACUUUAAUACCAUUUGUCAGCUCAAGUCCAUUACUCGUAGAUAUUGUUUCUUUUGGGUUUUCCUAUUCGGACUUCUCUCAAAAUUUUAAAACUUAGG